AUGCGUAUUUGGCAACAAAACACCACAACACAAUUUGUUUAUCAGAUGUCAGGAGAUCAUCAUUGUCAACAUCAUUGUGAAAUUUUAAAUUUUGCUAGACCUGGUACGCCAACUGAUUCUCACACAGCCGCUAUGACGGCUGAACGAAGAAAUUUACGUGAACUUCCGAGACUUUCUAUUAACACGGAAGUUACUAACAAGAAUUAUCAUCCAACGAAAAUGUCACCCCGUCAAGGUGAUGAGAGUGAGGUUACACAAACCAGUCCUCGUGUAAAAUUCGCCAUCGAUUCAAAUCAACAUCGACGUACUCGAACUGAGGGCAAAAUUACUGCGCGUCCUGACGAUGAGUCAAAAGGGGAUGAGGUGAAAAAACCUAGGUACAAUGCGAAACAAUUAAGAGCCUAUCGACGUGCCUCCGCACCAGCCAAAGGAAUGGAUUAUUAUAUUAAGAAUACCAAACAGACAGAGGAUAAUUUAAAUGCCAUAAACUUUUUUAGUAAUAAUAACCCUAUACCCGAGGUUAAAAAUGAAGACGAAUCUGAUCAAGGUAUACCAACCGUUCAUGUUCACCCUCAUGACGACGACGAUGACGAAGUCAUGAAAAAUGACAAUCGUAAGAUGUCAGUGAUGUCCAUGUCAUCAUCAAUCACAUCCGUAUCAAGCAUUAUAUCCCCUUGUGACCCCCCAUCACUAUCUCCGUGUUCUUCAACUUCAUCUAUAAAUUCCUCGAUUGAUAUGCUUAGUCCCGCGCUUGCCAAGCAGCAAAACUUUCCACAAAAUAUUAAUCCUUGGGAAAUUAGGCAAAAAUCGAAAACUCUCUCUAGUGAUGAGGUCCAUUUUAAAACCGAAUCACGUUCUCUACCUGAUAUUGUACCUUACGAUGCGGAAACGCCGUGGUCUCCCGCUGCCAUGUUUUUGUCCAAUUUUGCUCAUUCUACCAAAAAACCCUUGCCUGAUGAAGAAGGUCAACAAGUUGGAGAGUACAUCAUUGGAAAAGUAAUCGGACGUGGUGGAUUUUCCACCGUUAAGCAAGCUUAUACGAUGAAUAGUUAUUCAGGUUCUAUGGAAUCUGUUGCGGUCAAAAUCGUAAGGAAUCAUCCUGAAUCUCAAGAUAAUGAUCGCAUUCAGGCAUUGCUUGAAAGGGAGAUCGCAAUUUGGGCUAGACUUGAUCAUCAAAACAUUGUACCAAUGUUAUCAUUUGAAGAAAAUGAUUACGCUACAUUCGUAUUUUCGGAGUAUUGCCCGAGAGGAACACUUUUACAGUAUAUCAAAACACAUGGUCUAUGCGAAGGAAAAGGAUUGGACGAAGAUGAGGCAAGAAACAUCUUCUUGGAAAUAGCGGAAGCAAUAAGAUACCUUCAUAAUGAUAUGAGGCUUGUCCAUAAAGACAUUAAAUUAGACAAUAUAUUAUUGGAUAAAGAAAAUACAUGGAAAAUUUGUGAUUUUGGCUUAACAGAGUUUCAAAACGAAGAGAAUGGAUUUAAUAAUAUAUUAUAUAACGAUUUAGUAGGAGGGUCACUAGCUUAUUGUGCGCCUGAACAGUUAAGAUCUCCCACCCCGCUUAAAGAUGCUUCUGUUGACAUAUGGAGUUUAGGGGUGGUCUUAUUUGCCAUGAUCACAGGUCAAUUGCCAUUCUCCGAUUCUUUUGAACCGAGGUUACAAUUGAAAAUUCUUAAUGGACGUUACGAUGAGAGUAUGUUGGAUUUUGCCGGAGUUAGUGAUGAAUUAAAAGAUUUGUUAAAAGGAAUGUUUAAAACAAAACCUGAUCAACGUUUAACAAUCUCUCAAAUAUUGGAACAUCAAUGGUGUGAACGAUGA